ACGCGGAUGGCGGGGUGCGGUGAUUGCGCGCCUCUCUGCUGCCCCCUCCCCGCCCGCCUGCAGUGACAAAUCCGCUCCCCGCCCGCCUCCGCCGAGCCCAGCCGAGCCGGGCGGCGCCGGGAACCGCUGCCGUGCUGCUCUGCACAGACCGUCCGCCCGUCCGCCCGCCGCGGAGCCGGCCAGCCCCAGCCCCAGCCCCGGCGGCGCGAUGGAGGCUCCGCGCCUGGCGCACACCAUGAGCAGCCCCACCAGCCCCUGCGAGGAGGUGAUCAAGAACCUGAGCCUGGAGGCGAUUCAGCUCUGCGAUAGGGACGGGAAUAAAUCACAAGACAGUGGGAUUGCAGAGAUGGAGGAACUUCCAGUCCCGCACAACAUCAAAAUCAGUAACAUCACGUGUGAUUCCUUCAAGAUUUCUUGGGACAUGGAUUCUAAAUCUAAGGACCGCAUUACUCAUUACUUCAUUGAUCUCAACAAGAAAGAAAACAAGAAUUCCAACAAAUUUAAACACAAGGAUGUACCCACCAAGUUGGUGGCCAAAGCUGUUCCUUUGCCUAUGACAGUCCGCGGGCACUGGUUCCUGAGCCCCAGAACAGAAUACACAGUGGCCGUGCAGACGGCAUCAAAGCAAGUCGACGGUGAUUACGUCGUUUCUGAGUGGAGUGAAAUCAUCGAGUUUUGCACAGCAGAUUAUUCAAAAGUUCACCUAACGCAGCUACUGGAGAAAGCUGAAGUGAUUGCAGGCCGUAUGCUUAAACUGUCUGUUUUUUAUCGGAAUCAGCACAAAGAAUACUUCGAUUAUACCAGAGAGCACCAUGGGAAUGCCAUGCAGCCCUCUGUUAAGGAUAACAGUGGCAGCCAUGGCUCUCCCAUCAGUGGGAAGCUGGAAGGCAUCUUCUUCAGCUGCAACACCGAGUUUAACACCGGGAAGCCACCACAAGAUUCACCUUAUGGAAGAUACAGGUUUGAGAUCGCAGCUGAAAAACUCUUCAACCCAAAUACUAACUUGUACUUUGGAGACUUCUACUGCAUGUACACAGCCUACCACUACGUCAUUCUCGUCAUCGCCCCGGUUGGGUCACCAGGAGACGAAUUCUGUAAGCAGCGCCUUCCUCAACUAAAUAUAAAAGAUAAUAAAUUUCUGACCUGCGAUGAAGAAGACGGUGUCAUGGUUUACCAUCAUGCCCAGGAUGUUAUUUUGGAAGUAAUUUACACUGAUCCUGUGGAUCUCUCCCUCGGCACAGUUGCGGAAAUUACUGGUCACCAACUAAUGAGCUUGUCUACUGCAAACGCAAAGAAAGAUCCCAGCUGCAAGACCUGCAACAUCAGUGUUGGACGUUAAAACUUCCCUCGUUACUUAGGAGCCUUCAAACCUCUGUUGCCCAUUUCCAUAGUCAGACGUUUUUGUCAGAAGCAUGCACAUGCCGCUGCCACCAAAAGCAAACACGAGUCUUCAAAAUCUCCAAUAGCGUUUUUAGUAUUUCUUCUCUCCCUCUUUCCCUUCUGUUCCCCCGAUGCUUUAAAUGAUUAGAAGUCCUGGAUUUCUUUCUGGCAACCAUUUAUACCUAGAUGCUGCAAAAAUUGUUUUCUGUUUCUUGCCAAACAUAACAAAAUCCUAUAUAAACUGCUUUAGCAAAAUAAAAAUAACGGCUUAUAAAUGGUGUUUAAAUAUGCAUUCAUUUUAACUACUGAACAAAUACUGGGAUAACUCCAAACAGCAUGAAAGGUUGUAAUUGCAGCAUGAUUUAAAUUUCAAAGCCUAGAAAUGUCAGCACUUCCAACGUGUUGUUUGACAGUGUUAUUUAUGUUAUUUAUAUUAGCUAACUGAAAACAGAAACUGUGUCUUGACAUAAUAAAUAUAAUAGAAAAAUAUUUUAUUUGUACUGUUGUAUAAAAUAUUAUACAAUCAUAUAGAAUAUAUAGAUUACAUUUUAAUAUCAAUUGUAUACAUAUGUCAUGAAAUCAUUUUCCCUUAUCAAAGAUGUAGUUUGUAAACUUCAAAUAGCUCUGUAUCUGUUCCUGUUGCUCUAGAUGACUUUAAUUAAAACAGAUUUAUGAAGGAGACCAUUUCUGAUUCAUAAAAGUUACGUUAUAAAUUAUUAAGUCAGUACACUGAAACAGCAAACCUCUGAGAAAUAAAAAAUUCCUUUUUUAGUGUUCAUA